GGGUCGCGCUGUGCCCGGCACGGCUCGCCUGAAGGCUCCGCCAGUUCGCGCAACCCCUCCCCGCGGGCCCCACGCUGCUAACGAGGGCCUCCUGGACUGCUGCAGCGCCCUCGCCCCCUCCUCCUCCCUCCCCCCUCGGGUCUCGGCCAGGACCACGUGGACGGCCGUAGCGGAGGCCCCUGCGGCGGCUGCAGCGACAUGCCCGAGCUGUCGGAGCGGUGACCCCGCCACUGUGCGAGUGUGUUGGUGUGUACGCGAGUGUUCGUGAGCGUGACGAUGAGGUGAAUGUAGUGCUCCCGGCCCGGCCAUGGAGGCGUUGACGAGGACAAGGACGGCCGCCCUGGCAGCGUGCCUGGUGGCGGCGUGCUUGGCGACGGCGUGCUCCGGCUUCAUGCUGGAGGGCUCGCAGCGCUCCUUCGCCCAGUUCCGCAAGUGGAACGCCGGCCUCAACGGCACCCUGGAGCUCGAGUUCAAGACGCACUCCCCCAACGGCCUGCUGCUGUACACGGACGACGGCGGCACGUACGACUUCUUCGAGCUGAAGCUGGUGGAGGGCGCCCUCCGGCUGCGGUACAACCUCGGCGGCGGCGCCCAGAUCUUGACCGAGGGCCGCGACCUCCACGACGGCCACUGGCACAAGGUGGCGGUGCAGCGCGCCGGGGACACCACCUCCCUGACGGUUGACAACGCGACGCAGGCCCGCGCCUCCCGCGGCAAGGAGUUCGAGUUUGGCCACCUCGACUCCAAUUCGGACGUUUUCGUCGGCGGCAUGCCCGCCUUCUACAACAACAAGCUGACCAUGCUCGCGCUCCCCUCGGUCAUCUUCGAGCCUCGGUUCGGCGGCGAGAUCCGCAACCUGGUGUACGCCGACGACGAGAGUGGCGUGCCGCGCCGGCAGGAGAUACGCAUGAAGGACUUCAAGGUGAGCGGCAGCAUUCCUCACUGUCCUAAACUUACUUAAUGCUUCCGCAUCCGAUCGUUUUAUCGCACUGUUUUGACGACGGUGUUCUCACUUUGUUAUUUGCAUCCGAAGGCUGAGCUGGAUGGAUGGGAGCGGCAUAAUCUUUCCGCAAAGCUUCCUCACACUACGCUUGCUUUCUACACAGUCUGUACCCAUGCAU